AUGUAUAAGCAAAAGUCAUUAGACUUAAAAGAUACAAAUUAUAUUUACGAAAAAUCAUGGGUUUGGGUAAAUAUAAAUACCAUAAAAAAUAAAAAUGUGAUGCUAUAUAGGGAGAUAUUUGAAUAUUAUAAAAAUAAAAAUAGUAUAUUUUGUUUCUUUAAAGGAAAAGUAAAUAAAUUUGUCUCAAAAAAAGAAGUGGAAAUAUAUAUAUACUUAGAUGAUAAUUAUGAAAAAUUAAAAAACAAUAUAAAUUAUUAUGUUAUAGAAAAUGUGAAAUAUUUAUUACCAAUAGAUACAAAUUUUGGUUGUAGUGAUAAUACUAAUUUAAUAUAUCUAAAUGCACCUAAUUUAGUAGAAAAUAUUUAUCAGAGAUAUAAUAAAGCAUAUGUAAAUAAAGAAUGUCGGAAUUGUAUUUAUACAUACAUUGGUUAUAUAUUAUUAUCAGUAAAUCCUUAUAUAAAUUUUGAAAUCUAUGAUGAAAAUUAUAUGCAAAAGAUAAAAGAAGAAAACAAUUUGUUUUCCAUUCCUCAUCCCUUUUCAAUAGCCAACGAUGCAUAUAAUUGUUUAAUCAAAGAUAAAGUAAGUCAGUCUAUAAUUAUAAGUGGGGAGAGUGGCGCUGGAAAAACAGAGUCAUCAAAACAGGUUUUGCGCUACCUCACUUACUUGAGCUCUUGUUAUAAGGAAGAAAAAAAUAAAAAGAAGAAAAAUAAAGAUAAAGAUAUAAAUAAAGAUAAAGAUAUAAAUAAAGAUAAAGAUAUAAAUAAAGAUAAAGAUAUAAAUAAAGAUAAAGAUAUAAAUAAAGGUAAAAAUAAAGAUAUAUAUAAGGAUAUAAAUAAAAUAAGGAAAAUAGAAAAAACGUAUAACCAAAAUGAAAAUGACAAUAAAACAAGGAGGACCGAUGCGAACACUAGCAGUACAGAUAAAUCACAUAGCAGUAAGAGUACACCCCUUAAGUAUGUUAGCAACUGUAAGUAUAACAUAAAUAUUAUAGACGAUAGCAAUUUUAGUGGAUCUGAAUUUACUCACUUUGGUGAUAAUCAGCUGAACAGUUCAGGUAAAAAAAAAGAAAGACAAAAUAAAAGUAGUAACAGUAGUGACAGUGGCCAUAGCAGUAAUGAAAACAGUAAUAACCGCAGCAAUAAUAGCAGUAACAAUAAAUGCAAUGGUAACUGCAAUAGUAACAGUAAUUCCAUUAGGAGAUAUAGCAAGAACGCUUUGCACAAAAGCUCGGGCUUAUCUAUACCUGCAUCCUCAUGUUUAUCAUCUUCAUACGAGGAGAAAAUACAAAAUAGUAACCCAUUAUUAGAGUCCUUCGGUAAUGCCAAAACAAUAAAAAAUGAUAACAGUAGUAGAUUUGGAAAAUUAAUGAAGCUGAAUUAUAAUGAGAGAGGUAUAUUAUGUUCGGCAUCCAUUGAAACGUACUUACUUGCAAAGGCACGAGUUGUUAAUGUUCCUUAUGGAGAAGGAAAUUACCAUAUUUUCUACUCAUUAUGUCAAGAUGAAAAUCUAAGGGCUGAAUUCAAUUUGUUACCUUGGUAUAAGUACAAUUAUUUAAAGGCCAAGAGUAAAAUGAACAAGUAUAACGAGGAUAAGUGGAGUGAAGGAGAACGCCAGGGGGAUAACGCAGAUGAGGAAGAGGACGAAUGGAAUGACACUGAGAAUAGCGAAAAAACGGAAAAUAAUGAAAAAAAAAGGAAGAGUAAAAUACGGGCGAAGAGAAAAAAGGCGGAAAAAUUGGAGAUAGUAGUAGAAGAAAAAGAGGAAGAAGAGGAAGAGGAAAAAGGCAAGGGGGAGAAGAUGAACAAGAGAAUUAAAGGAAAGGGGGAUAAGCAUAAUGGUAAGAAGCCGAAUAAUAAUGAGUCUGGAAAGAGUUACCAAUGCCUAUACAAUUUGGAUGUCAUCAGAAAAUGUUUUAAUAGUAUAGGCGUUUUUGAAAGUGAACAAAAGGAAAUAUAUAAAACACUGAUAUGUAUUUUAUUAUUGGGAAAUAUUGAAUUCGUUGAAAAUGAAGAGGAGAGAGGAAGAUUAAAAAUUAAAAACAUACAAUUAUGUGAAAAACUAGGUUCGUUAUUAGAAAUUGCAAAUGAGAAUUCGGAUAGUAAUAAAAUUGUAGAAAUAUUGACUAUAAAAAAAGUCAGAGAGACACAAAAAUAUUAUACUUACCAGCAAGCUAUUUACAAUCGCGAUGUUUUAUCGAAAGCCUUGUAUCAGCUGCUUUUUGAGUAUAUAAUUUUUCGAGUUAAUGAUUCCCUCAAUGUCAAAGAAAAAAAGGGAAAGGCGUCCUUGGGCGGUGACAGUGGUAGCAGUAGUGGAACAAGAGAUAGCAGUGCUAGAAGUGGAAGAAGUGGAAGAAGUGGAAGAAGUGUAAGAAGUGGAAGAAGUGGAAGAAGUGGAAGAAGUGGAAGAAGUGGAAGAAGUGUAAGAAGUGGAAUACGUAGUAGUAGUGGCAGCAGUGGCAGCAGUAGCAGCAACAGAAAUCGAGGUAACACCGUUCAUGGUGAUAAUACCAUUUUUUGUGACAAGAAGGAUGGACUAAGUGUCUGCAGCGAGUCGGAGGUGACAAACGCAGAAGACGAGAAAGGAGAAAACGAUACUGAGGAGAUAGAAAAAAAGAGCAGAAAGUCAAAGAAAAGGAAAAUAAAGAGCUCAAAGGAAAUAGACGAGGAAGAUGAAGUAGACGAAGAUGCAGAAUUAGAAGUAGAUGAAGAUGCAGAAUUAGAAGUAGAUGAAGAUGCAGAAUUAGAUGUAGAUGAAGAUGCAGAAGUAGAUGUAGAUGUAGAUGCAGAAGUAGAUGUAGAUGUAGAUGUAGAUGCAGAUACAGAUACAGAGGUUGAUGUCGGAGAGGCCGCACCGGAAGAGAGUGACAGAAGCAAGAAAUAUUUCAUAGGAAUCCUGGAUAUAUACGGGUUCGAGAAUUUCUCGCAGGAAGGGGCAAACGGAUUUGAACAGUUGUGCAUUAAUUAUGCAAACGAAAUUUUGCAUUGCUUUUUUUUAAAACAGAUAAUAUAUAAUGAACAGAAGAUACAUUAUGAAGAAAAUUUAUAUAUUGAAAAAAUUUCCUAUAAUGAUAACAGUAAUGUUAUAUCGUUGAUAGGAGAUACAAGAGAUGUCAGUAUAUACACAAUACUGGAAGAUUUAGCUUUCUUCUGUUGCUCUAAUAAAUCCAGUGAAGAAAAUAAUAAAAAUCUAUUUUUUGAAAAAUUGAACAAGAAGAUUAUUAAUUCAGCUAAAUACAAAAAUACAGUAAGAAAUUAUAAACAUUCAAAAAAUUCAUUCAUCAUUUGUCAUUAUGCUGGUGAAGUAUUAUAUGAUUCGAACGAUUUUUUUAGAAAAAAUAUAGACAUACUGACAGAUGAUAUACAACAAUUCUUAUCCAAUUGUAACUCAUUUAUUAGUACCAAUUUAUUAAGGAGGAAGAGAUAUAAAUAUAAGAAGACGAUGAAAAUAAAAAAUAAAGAAGUAAAGAUGAUGGAGAACUUAAAUGUGGACAAAGAAACGAUGCAGUGUUCUAGUAGGAGAAAACUUUCGGUCAAGGAAAUUAUUUCAAGCCGGGAAACUGAAUCAAGGGGAGUCAUUCACGGUGGAUCCAGUAAUAGCGGCAACACUGGAGGUAUCCGCACUAGAGCAUACAAACACAAAAUGAAGUCCAUCUUUUCGUCGUUUAAGAAACAGCUGGAAGUACUAACGGACAAGUUGGAUAAAACAUCGUCCAAAUUUAUCAGAUGCAUAAAGCCAAAUGAAGAAAAGCAGGCAAUGUUUUUUAAUAAAAAUUUAGUGCUUAAUCAGCUGGUUAUGAGUGGAAUGGUUGAUAUUUUGAAUUUAAUGAAAAAUGGGUACCCAUGUCGAGUAUUAUAUGAGGAUAUAUGGUUAAAUUAUAAUAGCAUGUUACAAGAAGAGAUGAAAAUAUUUCUAACACCUAAAAUGUUUUGUGAAGUUAUUUUAAAAUUUUUAGAAAUAAAUUCUAGUGAGUAUAUGUUUGGAAAGACGAGAGUAUUUUUCCGUUUUGGAGUUUUAUCUAUUAUCAAUGAAAUAUUAAAUAAUAAUGAAAAAAAAAAAAAUAUAUUUUUACAGCAUGUAUAUAAAUUUUGGUUAUAUAAGAGGAAAAGAAGAGUUCUAAAUUUUGUUUUAUUUGGAUGUCGACUAAAAAUAUUAUUUAAAAAGAAGAGAGCAAAGAGCUUAAUGGAAUUUGGACUAAAUUUAUAUAAUAAUUAUUUGUUUAAAAAAAAAAUAAAAAAUAUGGAAAAAAUUGUUUUCUAUUAUUUUAAUGUCUAUAAACAAAGGGUUCACUUCUUAUGCUUGAGAAAAUCAUCUCUCAUUGUACAAAAAAAUUAUAGAAAAUAUGUAGAAAGAAAAAAAUAUUUAUAUAUAUUAAGACAAAUUAUGUUCAUACAAGAUUAUUACCUGUUUCAAAAAUAUUUUAAGCAAAGAGUUAAGGCAUCUAAUAUUAUUAGGAAAAACUGGAAAAUGUAUAUCACCAGAUGGGACUACCAAUAUGUUUUAAAAAAUAUUAUUAAAAUACAGAGGGCGUUUAAAAAAUAUAUGAAAAGAAAAUAUAUCAAUUAUUGCUUAACUAUAGCCAAGAUAAAACAUGACCCCAACAAAACGUACAAUCAUUUCCUUAAAAGUGAGACCAAAGAUAUUAAGACGCCAAAAGGUCUUUCCCUCCCCAUUAAUAACCCUUUUAACGAAAUGAACAGAAUAGGCUCCUUCAUAUACAUCGAUGAGAGGAAGAGGCACUCUUUCUCGAUCGGAGAAAAUGCAUACUAUUCUUUGAAGAACAGAAACAGACUCAAAAGGAGAAAGACUUACAACACCGGGGUGAACACCCUUAAGUAUGAAAGUAGCAUGAUGCAUGCUUAUAAGAAUACUGAUCUAAAUAGCUUCAAAGGUGAGCACUCAGAUAUGAACAGUAUCGAUAUUACUAACAACAAUAAUAGUAUUCUUAAUGGAAAAAACAGAAAUAUAUUUUUGGAAGAUAAGCCAUUUAUUAGUGUUGGAAAUAUCGGCAAUAAGGAAAAAGGGAAAAAACAAAGUGUUAAGCAUCUUAUGUCUCAUAACAAAGAUGUUGUGAAGACUAGUGGGAAAAGCAAGUUUAGGUUCAGUAACUUGAGCGUAUGUAGCGGUAACAUUCAUACUAAUUUGAAGGGCAAUAAUAAUAGCAAAAAUGAUGCUUUAACUUUUAGUAAGACAAGAAAAAUACAAAUGAAGAGAAAAACGUACAACCACGCAGAUACAAAGAAUGACUUUGUUUCGAGCUAUAAAAGGGAAAAAAAUAAGGUUUCAAAUUUUCUUAAAAAUACUAUAUAUGACAGAUAUAUAGAGAAAUAUAAACAAAAUCACAUGAAUAAGCACAAGGAAAAAAAGAAAAAAUCUAUAUAUAUAAAGAGCAACUACAGCAAUAUCAGCAAUAUAUACAGCGUUUAUAAGCCCGAAAAGGAAGAAAGGUUAAGAGAGCAAUACAACUUUAACCUAACAGACUCGCUUGUCAUUCCAGAGGAUUUCUUUUUAAGCGAGUCAAACAUCCCUGAGCCAAAUAUAAUUCAAGAAAAUAAUGAAAACUACAUAUCGUUGUGUGAUUAUUUGGACAAUAAUUUGGACUCCAAAAUUCCGUUAAUAGAACUCAACGUUUUCAGAUGCUUCUAA